UUUUUUUUAUGUCUUCUCAAUCUACUCACGCUGAGUCACCCUGUCUUAUCUUUUGGUUAUGUAAGUUUAAUAACUUCUGAAGUCUGGAGGCUUGACAGACGUUUAUAUAAGGAUCCUCUAUAGUAUGUAAAAGACUGGGACAUCAGCGCAAGAAGAAGAAAGGCUAUCCGAAGGAUAUGUGUGCUAUAAGUUUUUCAGUGCCGCCGUUCAAUCCUAUGCGGAGGUGCUCUACUUCUUUCUAGCCAACAGAGAGCCGAAGCCAAAUUCGCAAACUAUUGUGCUUCUCUCUGCUCAUCUGUCGUUGGACCAGAAGAAACAAAAUGACGUCGUGUUACAUGGAGGGAGGGACGGCGCAGAAGUGUCAGAUGUGUGAUGAGGAUUGGUGGUCCGGCGGAGGGUCGACGGCAAAGCUGCCGAUGAGUUUGCUUACGGUCCCUCACUGCAGAGGAAACUUUAAGGCCCCAAGUUGAAUGAAGACCAGUCAGAAUGAGAUUUAAAAACAGUGAUGUCUGAAACCCAUUCUGACUGAUCCCUGCCUCACUUGGAUCACUCUCUUAUGGAAUCUGGGCUGAGCACUUCAGAAUGCGAGCAGAGGUAAGAGACUAGUGCGUCGCAUGAAGGUAAACUGCCGGAAAAAAUGGAUAUUCCGAGUCUCUGACAAUAUUAACGUAAAUGGAUACUGCACAGGAAGAAACAAACACAAACCACAAGAACUCCCAGUGGCAGUCAAUUGGUCGUCACAUGCACCAUGGUAAAUUUAUCUUGGCAACUAUAUAAAUGCACUCUUGGUGGGAGCAGACGUUGUAAAUUGCUUCUCAGCUCCUGCUUGGUGGCUUAUACUUACCGUCUAGCUCUCUCUACUGUGACUGUCGCGUACUUGAGUCUCUCCGUCUCGUCUCCACCGGGCUCUGGUCCUCCGCGGUGAUGGAAAAGAGAUGAGGAACCGGCAUCCUCUCCCGCCCACCAUGCCGCCCUCUCCCUCGGCCUCCUCAGGCUGCUUCGACCUUCUCUGCACGGAGGGCACAGGCGAGUUCACCAGUUACCGUGACAACCCCGACGAGUCCGUCGCCAUAGAGGGGGAGCCGGCGUUGGGUGCGACCGAGGUCGGUUCGGUUCUGUUCGAGGCCGAAUCGCUAGACCCUGCGGCACGGCGUGACGCCGUCGACUGGAUUCUCAAGGUGCGUGCUUGUUAUCGGUUCCGCCCACUGACUGCGUAUCUCGCCGUUUCCUACAUGGAUCGCUUCCUUGCUUCUCACCGCUUGCAGCAAAACGGAUGGGCACUGCAACUUCUAUCAGUAGCUUGCCUCUCCCUAGCUGCAAAACUGGAGGAAACACUGGUCCCAACCCUUUCGGACCUGCAGGUGGAGGAUGCAAAGUUCAUCUUCGAGCCUCGUGUUGUGUUUCGCAUGGAACUUCUUGUGCUCUCUGCGUUAAAUUGGAGGCUUCAGACUGUGACUCCCUUCAGUUUUGUUGAUUUCUUUGCUUAUAAGAUAUAUUCUUCCAGUAAGCGAGCAAGAGUCUUGGCUUCGAGAGCCACACAAAUCAUAUUAGCAGCAAUGCCGGAGAUUGACAUCACAACUCAUUGGCCAUCGGCCCUCGCUGCGGCUGCCAUAAUCCGUGCAGUGGAUGGGACUCGGGAUCUAGCCGUUUUCAGUCCUACAAUUGCAGCAUCAUGGUGCGCUGGACUGACUGAGGAAAGAAUCUCCAAUUGCUAUGGAAUUAUGCGACAAACUGUUAUCGAAGGAAGGCUAAGAAAGUCUCCAAUGAUUCUUUCACAGCACAGGGUAUCUAGUCCAUCUAAGAGGGAUUCUAGGAUCUCAUCUUCCUCCUUAUCUCAACCAACGAAGAGAAGGAAGCUUAACAAACACAAUCGCCAUUGAGUAGCUAGUGGAAUGACUCUGCUGGAAAUAAGAAAGCAAGGUAUUGUAUAACGGUUGAGAAUCAUAUUGGUUUGGCAGAUUCUGUAAUAUUUUGUGCAGGAGUUUGGUUUGUUUCCGUUCUAGUGUGGAAGGCUAGGAUUUUUCUUCUUUUCUUUUUAGUCAUUAUAGUUGCUCCAUUUGUUGGCUCCUAUUAUUUUGUGUGGUGCAAGUGUGCAAAAUAUAUGUAUUCCUUUCUGAUGACUGUGGGGACUGUUGCAAAUAGAGAGUGCAUUGAUUAUUGGAAAGAAGAGAGCCAGCUCACGUACAGUUCUUGUUGUAAAAAUAGUUAAAAUCAAUAUCCAAGCAGGAUAACAAGGUAACUGAUGACGUUCCAGAUCUCACACUGUUCCAUUGUUCCUGGUCAAACUCUCUGACUCAUCCUCAGUCUCAGCACAAUGUGCAUGAUGAGAGCUUUCUUUUUGUUGUUUUGUUUAGGUCUUGCUACUUGAGCAUUGUGAAGUAUGAGUCUCAUGCAUGAUGCGUGUGUGUUUCACCUCCAACAUGCUUGUCAGCCUGAAGUGACAGUCAUCUUGAGGCUGUGUUUCUGGAGAUGAAAUCAUUCUGCUAUAGUGGCAGUACCUUUGUGGGGGACGGUAACAUGAUGCUUGGAGAAAGAAGAUGGAUCAGGCAGAGGAAUCAUGAGAGUUGGUCGGAAUGCGUCCAACCAACACAGCUCAAGAAAUAUGCUACGGUGUCGGGCGUUACACCUGAUUGCCUGCGUUGUUAACGAACUUGAAGACUGUGUUGAGAUCCACAUCAUCUGCAAGAAAACAAACAUAUCUGUGCGCAAUUGAAAACAGUGUGGGACCUUGACACUUUACUGAAUCCUCACGGUACAUAACAUCUAGAUUAGGAGUUGUGUUCUACGGUACCUUGAUUUCUUUCUGUUCUUCUAUUUGUAUUAUCCAUUUUCAUUAUUACUCUUUAUGACUUCCUGCGUCAUCCCUACGACUUGUAGAUUCACUGGUCAAUGGGGAACCGUUCCCUUGAACGAGCAACAUGGA